AUUUGUUGACUUAUUUAAGUUGGCAGCAAUUUAAUUUUUACAUUACUACUUAAGAUAGGAAUAUAUAGCUAUUAUUUCAUUAAUAAAAUAUAACAGGCUAUGCUAUUUUAACAUCAAUUUCAAGUUCUUGUUUAGAGAACAAGUUCUGUUUAUACAUUGCCAGUUUUUCAAAAAUGUAUACAACCUUUCAUGUUUAUUUGGGAUUAUUUUGCAGCUAAGAUUGCAAACAUUAAGUAAUUUUAAAUACCUCUUAGGUAAAAUUAAAUGAAUUACUCUUUGGGAAUAAGAUUGGAACUAAGAUUGUAGCUAAUGUGGAAGUAAUAAUGCAAAGGAACAGGUAUUUUAAAUUCGAGCUUUGAUGUAAGCUGUCAAUAGAUGUCUCUUGUUUUACCUAUUUGUAAAGGUCUAUAAACACCAUGAUUUUUCAUGUCUACUAAGACAGCCUGAGAUGAUACAGUAGUAUAUCAACUAGUAGGUUUUGCUGCCACUUUUUUUCCUCCAUAGAAGAAAGGAAAAAAUAAUAAAAUGCCUUUGUCCCCCAUCCCCCAAGAAGUCCCUACUAUAUUACCAAAAUAUGUAUGUUUCUAAUAGUCUUUAGAGUUUAUGAAACACACAAUAACAAACACAUUAUGCUUUAAGAAAAAUAUUAAGUUUCAAUAGAAGAAAUAGAACAAAGAAAAUAAUGGAUAGGGCCAUCUAAAAGGGCAAUUAGGCCUAAAGAGAUACUGUGAAAGAAACUGAGAUACUCUUAACUUCAACACCUACAAAAUAAAAGUGAUGUCAUUUUCUUUGCUUUCUGCAUGUAAAUUUCAUUCUUUUUGUAGGAGAUAGAUUGGAAACUUGAGUUUCUCAAGGUAUACAUUAGGUAAACAAACUAUUUAGCACCAAACCUGAGAAAUGCCAAGGAAGGUAUCUGUUAAACUGUGGGAAAAAUGGGGAAAGUGCUUCCAUUUGAGAUUGGUUUUGGCUGGAGGUGGAUGGAGGUUUGGCACCCGUACCUUGCCAAUUGGCCAUCAUGAAGGCAGAGGGAGAGCUUGGUGCACCAGCUGCUUCAUACCCCUUGCUUGCCGGCAUACCCGUGGGGAGAUUGGGUGGGCUGGGAGGCACCUGUGGGCCCAUGAACCUGGGAGUGGACUGUCUUAGAGAUGUGGGCAGCCAUGGGGGUGCCCACCCAAUGCAUCCAGAACACUGCAGAAGAUGGACAAGUGCAUCCAGGACACUGCAGAAGAUGGACAAGUGCAGUGUUUGCCCUGACCUGGUUUGCUGCAAGGAGCUCAGGUGUCCCCAGCAACAGCACCGGCUCAGCUUUCCCACUGCUACCCUGGCUGGCCGCCCAACAGCCCUGCAGUCCUGCUCCUCCUACUACUACUACUACCAAAACCAGCACGAAAAAUGCCCUGUGCUGAUUGGUGGUUGCUGCUACCUUUGCACCGCAAUCCCUGAAGCAGCUCAUUGGAAGCAGCCACUCAGCAGCAUGCAGAAUGCCCCCAAGGCACUGCUCAGGCCAGGGCCAGACAAGACCUGCAGGGACGUGAUCAGUCUCACGUUCUUACAGACAAUUUUGUUCUCUGUGCAAAAAGAAGCACGUGUAAGAACACAAGAUCUAAGAAAAACAGCUUCACCAGUGUCUAAGAAAAAGAUGGCCACUUUUCUGCCACAUGGCCCAGCCUGUUCUGGAGCUCUGGAGAUCUUCGAAAGGUAAGUGAGCAAUCAGUGAUGGUGGGAAUGAGCACCUACAACCCGGUGAGUUAGCAAAGUAGGCCCAGUGCCUAUGGAGACCUGGCAGGUCAGAAUGGGGGGAAAAUAGGCACAGGGUCUGUUGCACUGUCUUUGUCGUAAAGGCAAAUGACUGCUAUAGUGCUGUAACAUAACUUCGGAACUGGAUCAUAAGUACUUAAUGGAGGUGUUGUAAUUUUGAAUAAUCAGUAGUGAACUGUCGUAAUUCAAGGACUACCGCCAUUACAGAAUUCAACUGAUGACAUAAGGUGUGAACUUGAAUCAAACAGCUUGGUUGACCUGUUUAGAGAGGCCUUGUCUGAUUAAAUAAAAGAUUAACUACUUUGUCAAAACAUCCCAGACAUCAUGAUUGUACUUAUUUUCUUUGGCAUAAAUGGAAAGCUUGAAGAACUGCAAACAAGUGUAGACAGAAAGGGAAAUAUUUGGUUUCACUUUCUUAUGCCUUCACCUUUUCCCAUACAUAGAUAACUUCAGAACUUGUAUUUAUGCGGCUGGAAAAUGGAAGAAUUCUGUUUACUGCCCAAGCGAUGAUAAACCUGAAUGCUAGAGUUUGUUUGUAUUAUGCAGAAUCUGGCUGAGGUACUGAUGAGUGAGCCCCAUCCGCCCAGCACCAGCAAACUACCAUCAUUAUAAAGAGGCACUUUCCCAAUCAGUCUGCCAAUAAGAAGCCUCGAAAGACUCCAGGAGAGAAGUUUCGCUCUGAAACUGGAAUCAGAGGAACAGGCCGAGGAAGAGCUAAUGGCCAUCCUCAGCAGAAUGGAGAAGGGGAUCCUAUUACUUUGUUUGAUGUUGUGAAGAUGGGCAAAAGUGCUAUGCAGUCCGUGGUAGAUGACUGGAUUGAAUUGUAUAAGCAAGACAGGGAUAUAGCACUACUGGAUUUAAUCAACUUCUUCAUCCAUUGUUCAGGAUGCCGAGGAACUGUGCGGAUUGAAAUGUUUAGAAACAUGCAAAAUGCAGAAAUUAUCAGGAAAAUGACUGAAGAAUUUGAUGAGGACAGUGGUGAUUAUCCACUUACAAUGCCUGGACCACAAUGGAAAAAGUUUCGAUCAAAUUUUUGUGAAUUCAUAGGAGUACUGAUACGACAAUGUCAAUAUAGCAUCAUCUAUGAUGAAUAUAUGAUGGAUACAGUGAUCUCAUUGCUGACUGGUUUGUCAGAUUCGCAGGUUCGAGCUUUCAGACAUACCAGUACACUUGCUGCUAUGAAGCUUAUGACUGCUCUUGUGAAUGUUGCCUUAAACCUGAGUAUUCAUCAGGAUAAUACACAAAGACAGUAUGAAGCUGAAAGAAACAAAAUGAUUGGUAAAAGAGCUAAUGAAAGACUGGAGCUGCUUCUUCAGAAACGGAAAGAGUUGCAAGAAAAUCAGGAUGAAAUUGAAAAUAUGAUGAAUUCCAUUUUCAAGGGAAUAUUUGUCCAUAGAUAUCGUGAUGCUAUUGCUGAAAUUAGAGCUGUUUGUAUUGAAGAAAUUGGAGUGUGGAUGAAAAUGUACAGUGAUGCCUUCCUGAAUGAUAGUUAUUUAAAAUAUGUUGGUUGGACACUUCAUGACAGACAAGGUGAAGUGAGAUUGAAAUGUCUGAAAGCUUUGCAGAGUUUGUAUACCAACAGAGAAUUGUUCCCCAAAUUGGAGCUAUUUACAAAUAGAUUUAAGGAUCGCAUUGUAUCAAUGACACUUGAUAAAGAAUAUGAUGUUGCUGUAGAAGCCAUUCGAUUAGUCACACUUAUACUUCAUGGAAGUGAAGAAGCUUUGUCCAAUGAAGACUGUGAGAAUGUUUAUCAUUUGGUAUAUUCGGCUCAUCGACCUGUUGCUGUAGCAGCAGGGGAAUUCCUUCACAAAAAACUAUUUAGUCGGCACGAUCCUCAAGCAGAGGAAGCACUAGCCAAAAGGAGAGGACGGAAUAGUCCAAAUGGGAAUCUUAUUAGGAUGCUGGUCCUUUUCUUUCUUGAAAGCGAGUUGCAUGAACAUGCUGCUUAUUUGGUGGAUAGUUUAUGGGAAAGCUCUCAAGAACUGUUAAAAGACUGGGAAUGCAUGACAGAAUUGCUCCUAGAAGAACCUGUCCAAGGUGAAGAAGCAAUGUCUGAUCGUCAGGAAAGUGCACUUAUAGAGUUAAUGGUAUGUACAAUUCGACAAGCUGCAGAAGCACACCCUCCAGUGGGCAGAGGAACUGGCAAGAGAGUUUUAACAGCAAAAGAAAGAAAAACUCAGAUAGAUGACCGGAACAAGCUAACAGAACACUUUAUCAUUGCACUUCCCAUGCUCCUAUCAAAGUAUUCUGUUGAUGCAGAGAAGGUGGCAAAUCUUCUUCAAAUUCCUCAAUAUUUUGACUUAGAAAUUUACAGUACGGGAAGAAUGGAGAAGCAUUUGGAUGCUUUGUUGAAACAGAUUAAAUUUGUUGUAGAGAAGCAUGUGGAAUCAGAUGUUCUUGAAGCCUGCAGUAAAACAUACAGCAUUCUGUGCAGUGAAGAAUAUACCAUUCAGAAUAGGGUUGACAUAGCUCACAGCCAGCUCAUUGAUGAAUUUGUGGAUCGAUUCAACCAUUCUGUGGAGGAUCUAUUAAAUGAGGGAGAAGAAGCUGAUGAUGAUGAUGUAUACAAUGUUCUUUCUACUUUAAAGAGAUUAACAUCAUUUCACAACGCUCAUGACCUUACAAAAUGGGAUUUGUUCAGUAACUGCUACAGGUUAUUGAGGACAGGAAUUGAACAUGGAGCUAUGCCAGAACAGAUAGUGGUUCAGGCUCUUCAGUGUUCCCAUUAUUCUAUUCUCUGGCAGCUGGUAAAAAUUACAGAAGGAUCUCCUUCAAAAGAAGAUUUAUUGGUAUUAAGGAAAACAGUCAAAUCAUUUCUGGCUGUCUGCCAACAGUGUCUGUCAAAUGUCAACACUCCAGUAAAAGAGCAGGCUUUUAUGCUGCUCUGUGAUCUCUUGAUGAUUUUUAGCCAUCAGCUGAUGAGUGGAGGCAGAGAGGGUCUUCAACCUUUGGUGUUUAAUCCAGAUUCAUGUCUCCAGACUGAACUCCUUAGCUUUGUAAUGGAUCAUGUCUUCAUUGACCAGGAUGAUGAGAACCAGAGCAUGGAAGGAGAUGAAGAAGAUGAAGCUAAUAAAAUUGAAGCUUUACACAAGAGAAGGAAUCUUUUGGCUGCCUUUAGCAAACUUAUAAUUUAUGAUAUUGUAGAUAUGCAUGCAGCAGCCGAUAUCUUCAAGCAUUACAUGAAGUACUACAAUGACUAUGGCGAUAUCAUUAAGGAGACAUUGAGUAAAACAAGACAAAUUGACAAAAUUCAGUGUGCAAAAACUCUCAUUCUCAGUUUACAACAGCUGUUCAAUGAGCUUGUUCAAGAGCAAGGUCCUAACUUGGACAGGACAUCUGCCCAUGUCAGUGGUAUUAAGGAGCUGGCCCGACGUUUUGCUCUUACCUUUGGUCUGGACCAGAUAAAGACAAGAGAAGCUGUAGCCACGUUGCACAAAGAUGGCAUAGAAUUUGCAUUUAAAUAUCAAAAUCAAAAAGGACAGGAAUAUCCACCUCCUAACCUUGCUUUCCUGGAAGUACUUAGUGAAUUUUCAUCUAAAUUAUUACGACAGGACAAGAAAACUGUUCACUCAUAUUUGGAAAAGUUCCUAACAGAACAGAUGAUGGAAAGGAGGGAAGAUGUAUGGCUUCCAUUGAUUUCCUACAGAAAUUCAUUAGUGACAGGUGGAGAGGACGAUAGGAUGUCUGUGAAUAGUGGAAGCAGCAGUAGCAAAACUUCUUCUGUUCGAAAUAAGAAAGGUCGACCUCCACUUCAUAAGAAAAGAGUUGAAGAUGAGAAUCUUGAAGGCUCUUGGCUGAAUAGAAAUGACAGCAUCCAGACCCCAGGUGCUCUACAGACACCUCAGCUCACAUCAACAGUGUUGAGAGAAAAUACUCGACAAAUUGGGGAGCAAAUACCAGAGCAUGAGCCAGAACCUGGAUCUGAACAAGAUUUUUUAAACAAUCCUCAGAUGCAAAUAUCUUGGUUGGGUCAGCAGAAAUUAGAAGAUUUAAGUCGAAAGGAUAGGACGGGAAUGAGCUACAUGAAAGGAAGAAGUGGUGUGAGACAUACAGUGCGGGGUCUCAUGGAGGAUGAUGCUGAGCCUAUCUUUGAAGAUGUAAUGAUGUCUUCCCGAAAUCAGCUAGAGGAUAUGAAUGAAGAAUUCGAAGAUACCAUGGUUAUUGAUUUGCCUCCUUCAAGGAACCGAAGAGAACGAGCUGAAUUGAGGCCAGAUUUUUUUGAUUCUGCAGCUAUCAUUGAAGAUGAUUCAGGAUUUGGAAUGCCAAUGUUCUAAAAUCUGAUGAAGACAUUAUACAAAUCUGGAACUCUGUUCUUUAGAGCUCAAGGCCUAUAUACUGUGAUAGCUAAUAUUAAAACCACAUUUUGAUGUGAUUUGGUUUGAUUUUUAACCAAAUGAUUAAAGUCAUUUCCUUUUUGUAAUGACAGAGAAGAGGAGCUUCUGAAUGAAACAAAUAUUGGCCAAUCAGUCAACUCAGAAAGGCUGACCUGCAAAUCAUUUAUUUUCUCUGUCCUUGACAGUCCUAAUACAGGUUUUUUUUUCUUGAAUAGGGAGAAGCUUUUAAAUUAAGACUAUACAGUUCUACGUAUGUUUUCAGAAAACAUUGAAUGAAAACAAAACUUUUUAACUUUAUUUUUCUGCUGUACAACUUCAAAAUGUUUUAACAUUUGCCUUUUUAUGUUUUAGAAGCUAGCCAUUUUUAUUAAAUUUAUGCCUGUCAGCCAUUGACCAGCAGCGAUGCUAAUCAGCAAGCCAUCCUGGUUGGAGAAGUGUUGUUAAACACACUGAAUAUGACUAGCAGUAUGGUACACUUCUAGAUCUUCUCUGACCAUUGAGAGCGGAGCAGUCUUACAAAAGAUGUUAAAAGUCAGAUGUGUACAUCUCUGCCAAAAAGUCAGAUUCUGAAAAGAAAAAAAAAACAGAUUUUAUACUUCUGAGAAGAUUUAUUUUUAUUUAUAAUGGGGCAUAAGAAUAAGAGAUGUCCAUGAAGCCACUUUUCCAACAGAUGCUGUGUAACAUUCAUUUUAUAUAGCACUAGGGGAACACACAAACAGCACAUUUUCUAUUGGUACUUGUUCUGUGCAUUUUUAGCAACUUAUACCAGCAAAUAAAAUAUUCUCAGUAAAAUAAACCAGUGGUUCUACAGUAAUCUAUUUGCUGUUUCUACUACCUAUUUCACUCCCCAUCAGACCUGAGGUGCAAAAGCAGCAACUUUCUUAUAAAGCAUAAAUCACAAAGGGAAAAAGGCGGGGGUGUGGGUGGGACAUGAGUGGGACAGGACAUUUACAUUUUCAAAGCAAUUUUAACUGUAUCAUAGAGAAGUGUUUAUCUUUCCAUGCCGUAAAUAUCCUUUUGUGCUAUUUUUGUAAAUUAAUUUUGCCAAUUAGAUUUAUUGUAUGUGCUGCAUAGAAAUUGUGUUUAGAUGGUGACGUUUUAAGCUUACAAUGGAAUACAGCUACAGUCUCAAUGUUAACUGUGCAUUAAUAAGAGUAAUUACUACAUGAUCUUUAAGCAGUUCAAUCCAAAAAGUAAUAAGCUGAAUCAUUGUUCUAAGAAAUUUUCCAUGGUGUUCAGUGAUCUGGUCUUUUAUUCUGCUUAAAUAUUACAAUUCUUCCUGGUAGCUGCUAGUGUAGUUAAAGGAUUUUUUCUUCACUUGUUGUGAGCGUAGCUCCAGCUAAUAAGAACAUCUGUUAAAAUGAGGCCAAACUAAUAAUCUUUUUUUUCCUCUUUUGGGGGGAAUUUGAAUGUAAGAAACUCAGAAGCAGAUCUUAACUCAUAUCUGAUACAUCCACUGUAGAAGUGCUUUUAUAUAACAACAGCAAAACAACUGUAGUCUCUCUUUUUAAAAGGUCCUUUAAUGAUUUAAAUUAUAUUUAAUGCAUAUCUGUUGAAACUUAAAAAUUUAAGAUCAAAUAAUGCUACUUUCAUUUAGCAUUUGAGACUUGUACCUCUAAUAUUUGUACUUGUCUCAAAAUUAUGAUUACUAAAAACAUUUGACCCAUUAAUUCAGCCAUUCCUUUAAUGUAGCUGUUUAGAAAUUUUAAAGUUGCUAAAGUCACUGGGCUGGUGCUUCAGGACAAAGUGCAAGUUCUCUUGAAAAAGUGGUAAAAAUUAUUGCAAGUAGUCCUUCAGUUUGAUGGGCAGAAUCAUACUGGUUUUGGUUUGAACCCAACAUAGGCAAGUCUUGCAUCCCACCACCCUUCAGAUGAAAAACUGAAAUGUCAUUGAUCAUUACAGAAUUCUAUAAAACAAAAGCUGUUUGCAAGCAAGUUACCUCCAAUGGGUUUCCAGUUUAGUUUUCAAUCAGUAGGGUUUUUUAAAUGUGUCUCCUUGAUUGGUUUUGCUAGUAAUUCUGUAAAUUGUACAUUUACAACAUGAGGGUUUUUUUCCUUUUGUACAAUUUAAAACUGAUGCUUCACUUUUCCUUUAAUAAACUCCUCAAAAUCAUA